CCCAAUGACAAGUCACCAGCCACUGCAAGGCGCCUGCUAGGGGCGCAGCCUGCAUUGUAUUGGCUCACACACAGGAGUGCAAAACAAAAAAAGAGGCAAAACCGGCCUCUCCCUCCCCUCCCCCCCAGCCUGGAUCCUCCUGCAGAGUGAGUGCAGGUCCCCAGGGUGUCCUCUUCCAUAUCUAUAGGUGGAGGUGAUUCAAGGUGUAGGGUGGUGUCGUUUUUUUGGGGGGCUUUUCUUUCACUUUUUGGGGCAAGGUGAAAGUUUUUUUUUUCCUUUUUUUGUAUAUAUAUAUUUUUUUUGUAAUUAGUUUGUGUUUUUUUGCCACUUUUUGAAAUCGUCAUGACUGCGGCUUCCCCGGAUUACCUGGUGAUUCUGUUCACUAGCACAGCGGGUGCCAAUUGUGCUAAGCUGGGCUCAGAUGAGAAGGAAGUCAUCCAGCUGUUAUGGACAGUGAUAGACUUGGCUAACAACAAGGUGGGGGAGCUGCACGACGUGAAGGUCAGACCUGAACACCUGGACCUGACAGAAGAAUGCAGAGAAGCCACCAAGAUCGAAGCAGAAAGCCUGUACAUCGCUCCCCAACUAGAGCAAGCCCUGCAACAGUUCAACCAGACAGUAGGCAAUGAGAUAAACAUUGGUGUUGGUACUUCUUUCUGCCUGUGCACAGAUGGACAACUUCACAUCAGACAAGUGUUACAUCCUGAAGCCUCCAAAAAGAAUAUACUUCUCCCUGAAUGUUUCUACUCCUUUUUUGACUUGAAGAAAGAAUUCAAAAAGUGCUGCCCAGGAUCUGCUGAUCUAAGUGAACUCGAUGUGACUGCAAUGGCAAGUUAUUUAGGACUGGAAAAACUGAAUACACACAUGUCCCAUGGAGCUUCAGAGGUGACCACCAUGGCAGAUAUUAUUGUGACAUUAAUUUCGAAGCCAUACAGUCACAAAUUUUCAGACCCAGAAAGAGUAAACUACAAAUUUGAGUCUGGUACUUGCAGCAAACUGGAGACUAUUGAUGAUAACGCAAUUAUCCGAGCCCGAGGUCUGCCAUGGCAGUCAUCUGAUCAAGAUAUUGCGCGAUUCUUCAAGGGGUUAAAUAUUGCAAAGGGUGGAGCAGCCCUUUGUCUCAAUGCACAAGGGAGGAGGAAUGGCGAGGCUCUGGUCAGAUUUGUGAGUGAAGAACACAGAGAUCUAGCCCUGCAGAGACACAAGCAUCACAUGGGGAACAGAUACAUUGAGGUGUAUAAAGCCACAGGAGAAGACUUUCUAAAAAUAGCCGGAGGUAAUUCUCUUGAUGAGACAUAUAUGUAGUUGGUCUGUUGCAUUGCUCAGUUUUUGUCCAAAGAGAACCAAGUGAUUGUACGCAUGCGGGGUCUGCCCUUUGCUGCCACUGCCGAAGAAGUGCUGACGUUCUUUGGGCAGCACUGUCCUGUGACUGGAGGCAAGGAAGGAAUAUUAUUUGUUACCUACCCUGACGGCCGGCCGACGGGAGACGCUUUUGUGCUCUUCGCCUGUGAGGAAUAUGCACAGAACGCACUGAAGAAGCACAAGGACCUGUUGGGCAAGCGAUACAUUGAGCUGUUUAGGAGCACAGCAGCAGAGGUGCAGCAGGUACUGAACAGAUACUCUUCUACACCUCUUAUCCCUCUUCCAACACCACCCAUCAUUCCUGUACUACCUCAGCCAUUUAUGCCUCAGAUCAAUGUCAGAGACUGUAUACGGCUGAGAGGUCUUCCUUAUGCUGCCACAAUAGAGGAUAUCUUGGAGUUUUUGGGUGAAUUUUCUGCUGAUAUCAAGACACAUGGAGUUCAUAUGGUGCUGAAUCACCAGGGCCGACCAUCAGGAGACUCCUUUAUUCAGAUGAAGUCUGCAGAGCGGGCGUUUCUGGCAGCACAGAGGUGUCACAAGAAGACCAUGAAGGACAGAUAUGUGGAGGUGUUUCAAUGUUCUGCAGAGGAGAUGAACUUUGUCUUAAUGGGGGGAACUUUAAAUCGCAAUGGCUUGUCCCCGCCGCCAUGUCUGUCUCCUCCAUCAUAUACAUUCCCUGCCCAGACAGCUGUAAUUCCUGCAGAGGCCGCCACCUUGUACCAGCCCUCCCUGCUCCUGAAUCCUCGGGCCCUAGGACCAUCCGCUGCAUAUUACCCAGCCGGAGCUCAGCUCUUCAUGAACUACACUGCUUACUACCCAAGCCCUCCAGGUUCUCCAAGUAAUCUUGGCUUCUUCCCAGCCACAGCAAGUGCCAGCAGCAUGCCUCCGCACAAUGGAGCCACAAUGGUGCGCAUGCAGGGUUUGGCAUAUAACUCUGGUGUAAAAGAGAUCCUAAACUUCUUCCAAGGUUAUCAGUACUCUCCAGAAGAGGGUCUCCUUCCAGUAAGUGACCAGGGCCGGGCACUGAUGACCCACCCUAAAGAAUGGGUUUGCAUAUAGUCCUUUCUGAUUUUGUAGAGGAGGUACUCCUCAACCAGUUUAUUUUGUAAUUUGUCAUCUUGCUAAGCAAGCAGCCCCCCUGGUCCCAUCUGAAAAGCUAUAGGUUUUGGCCAGGCAUGAAUUUUGCAACAUGAAAUUUUGAAAGCCCAUUUGCCCAUUUAGACUUCUAAGACUUGAACUUUAACAGGAAGGUCGACAACUCCUCAAGAACUGGGCGGAUUAAAUCAUUUUCCAAUGUGCAAAGCUACUGAACCCAGAGUUGAGAUCCACUGUAAACACACUGCAUCACACUAAGGGAAAACAAUGACUUUCUGAUUUAUACAUGAACACGUUACCUUGUUUCAUUCAGCAGGCAUUUUGCUUCCUUUUUGGAUUGACAUGUAAAGAGUAGGAAAGUAGGACAAACUGCUGUCUGUAAGGAAUAUGAAAACCUUUUUUUGGAACUUCAUGCUAGUCUUCUCCACUUCUUCUCCGAAAGUGUUAAUACAGCUGGUGACGUUUAUUUUAUGUAUAUUUUUAGUUGACUCAUUAAAUAAAGGGUUCAAUUUGUCAUGUAAAUGGUUUGCCAUAUUUAAGAACCGACUGUCAGUUCUGUCGGUGUGCUCUGAUAAAUUUGCAAACUUUUUCUUUUUUUGCAUACUUUUUUUUUUUUUUUUAAAUAACACAUUUAAAUGUCAAACUUUUCAGAUGUCCUUUUGUAACCUUUUUAGUUUUGUAUUAAAAACUGUCAAAAAAAAAUAAACAAAAAAA